UUUAAUUCAAAAUUGCAUAACAACACCCACUCCCACACACUUCAUAACAUGUUGGGUGUUUUGAUUGACUGUGUGUGUCUACUCCGGUGGGGAAUAUUUGGCAUCAUAUUCCUAAACUCAAAAGAGCUGAGCGAUCUGGGAGAUGAUGAUCUCCGCCAAGAUCUGUGUGCGUGUGUGAGUGUGUGCGUGUGUUUGUUCACUCCAGUCCAACACAAACUCACGGUGAGGUCUGAUCAGCCCAAGCCCCGGUGAAAGGUUAACCGAAACCAUGUCCCACCUAGUGAAACUUCCUGAUUUCUUUGUUGUUGUUUUUUUUUCUAUCAUUGGGCCCCCCAUACGCGAUUGACGCAGUGUUGUGAAACCGGUGCGUGUUUGCAAGUGAGCGAGUGCCCCUUCGCUGUUCCUCAUCAUAUGACCACCACCCUGCCAACUCCCCCAAGUUGUAGCUCCUCCUCUGCAGAAAAGGAGAAAAGACACUUCCUGAUGUCAUUACUAACUGAAAAAGCGCCUUGGCUAGCAGAUGUCAAGAGAGGCCCUGUGACCUGAUUCAGUGACAUGUAACAUAACAUGAAAAGUCUAGGCCUGCUUUGUUUUCACAGCCGUCAUUUUGAAAACGAGUUCAGGGUGGCCAGAAAAUACCAAACCAAGAAGCCUUUGUUGCGGUGUAGUGCUCUGGUCAAGGAAGUAGUAAAUACAGGAAUAUAUCUUCUACAGGAGUGUAGCACGUGGGUCAAGUAAAAAUACAUCUUUUUUAAAGUUGCAGAUACAGGAAUUUACUUAACUCCUUCACCGCCAUAGACGAGUAUACAUUUACAUAUUUUUGUCAAUGGGGAAGGGUGAUGGAAUUUACUGUUCCAUUGUAAAUUUCAAGCUUGGAAACAACUUUACUGAUGCAGACCCACCAGUAGAUGGCAAUGAUGGUUCAUCUUUGUGAGGCCACUAGAAGCGAAAGCUGCAUUCUGUCGAAUCUACCUUUGUUCGGAUGACAAAAUAAUGGAAAAGACUGAAUCCCUUUUUUCCAGAUGAAAGGAGAGUGUCUAUUAUCUCAUUUGUUCUUUUUUUGUAAAUAAAAUCAUUGGACACAACAUCCUUUGGGUUUUGGAAAAAGUCCAAAUGCUCUGAAAUGGCUGGCAAUGAAUGUGCGGGUACUGGAAUUUACUUUUAACAGAUGGGUGGUGCAUAAGUCUUGGAAGAAAAUGUUACAUUUUGCUGAGGAUCUGGAGCAAGCCAGUGCCCACCUCUCGGAAGAACCUGGUGCUGGUUCGCAGGGCAUUCAGUAACUUGUGAUCAGAGCAGCGCAAUGAAUACUGUAGUGUACAAACACAUUUCGUCUGGCAAUGUAAUGAAGAAGAGACUGAAGAAAUUGACGGAACGGGUCAAGCAAGGAUCUCGAUCAACUUUACUUUUGAACUUUAGAUUUGCUUUGGCGUCCUACAUGGACCAGAACUUAGCCCAUGAGUGAUAUAACUCUAACGUUGGUCUCACAGCUUUUUGCAGAAGAUUGGAUUGAGAACAGUCAUUAGCCGGUUAUCAUACUCCAGCAAAAGCCUAGAAGCAGCUCAAACUCGUCUGCUUGACUCGCACAUGUUAGUUUGUCUUUUAUUUGGCCCCAUUGAAGCCAAAUAUCAAUCUGUGCUGCUUGAACAGUCGUUAUUCCCAUCUAGACUCUGAGAACCUCAAAAUGUUUGCUUAUGUUUCCUAUUUGGGAGAGCUGCCCCCCCCCCCCCCCCAAAAAAAAGGCAAAUAAAUCACAUGCUGUGAGGCUGGCCAGGCCUUCCACUGUGAGAAACUGAGACUAAAAAGCAGAACAAGAGUUUGGGAGUAAAGGGUUUUCAGAUGUGAGUCCAGCCCAGUUCGCUUUGGGUGUGCGCUCUUCAUUUUUAUUUGGGGGAGAAUGGAGAGGACAAUCUCUGUUGCCUCCACCCCCUCCAGAAGGCAGGACUGUCCCGGGAAAGCGCCAGUCGGAGACGGGAAGAGCUGCCGGUGAGGCACAGGGGCCGUGGGGCUGAUCUGACGGGAACAUCUGGCGAGGCGGGCAGGGUAGCUCUCUGUCGGACAUCUGGUGGGCCAUCCGUGCGGGAGGAGUCAACCUGAUUCAUUUAUUCUGACAUGAAGGGAGCGCUUGGGUUGAUUGUGGUGUUCGUCUCCUUUCUCUCUGAUGCCACCUUUGGAGACAGCCCCUCACCAAGCGACUGUGGAACAAGCAAUGUCAGUUGUAUGAACCUCCACUCUUUCUGCUAUACUUUCUACCCGGGAGCCACGAUGGACUGCCUGUUCGAGCUCCUGAGCCACAUGUGCCUGUGCAACUUCAACGUGGCCAUGGCGGCCAUGAACGCCACUGACUGGUGCGCUUGGGGCAACGUCAGCGGGUUGUACAGCAACUUGAGCCUCUGCACGGAGAACAUCUCCGACUGCCUGGGCAUCCCUUGGCCCAACCCUCUAGUGGAGCAGACGUUUGUGGACAUCCACCACAGGUUCUUCAAGGACUGCCCCAUGGAGGAGCUCAGCGACCCGCCGCCGCCCAUCAUCUUCGCCUUGGUGAUCACGCCCAUCCUCCUGAUCCCCGUCAUGGUUAGUCUGGUGGUCCUCAAGACCAAGAACGGCGACGGGAGCUCCUGAUCUCCUCACUGUGAGCGAGGGCCAAAGAUUGGGGUUUUAUUAUUUUUUUUUAGAGACGAGCCGCGAUCGUGAGAACGUCACGGGAGAUUUCCAAGACCACGGGUGCAUUUCAACUCAAAACUACUUGGGACUUUUGCUCCUUGUUGCGUUAUUCAAGGAGCAAAAAUAUUUCAAUGGCUCGUUGUUAUUUCCAUAAGCAGUUGAGUCCAUUUGCACACGAAGGACAAUUUGCCACUUCUUCCUUUAUUUUUGUAUCCACGACUUUGUUUUUUUUUUUCUUCCCGUUCCUCCUGAACUUAUUUGGCUAUAUCUCUUGACAUUUACUCUUAACUGCUGCUUCCAAUUCACCAAGAUGUUUUAUCUUUUCGAGAAAUUCUCAACAGAGCUUGCUUCACUCGCCAUCCGUUGGUCAACAUCAAAACAUCAAAUGAGUAGCAAAUGUUCCAACCUUGAUGAUCAAGGACUUUUUUGGGGGUCGGGGGGAAGGGGGGAGGGUGUAGAUACAUUCUAACCCAGAACUUGAUUUUAGACAAUGUUUGUCUGAAGAUUCCCAGCUAUUAGCUUCAAAAAGAUCAGGUGAUGGUGUCUUUUUCGACAGCUCUUUAUUACAAAAAAAUGGCGAGCAGAUUUACGAGCAGAGACUAUUCUCGGUCCUCCAAUCGGUGGGCUGUGCUGUGUCCAGCCCCGCCCCUUUUGAUACUAUCUCACAGUUUAGUUUAACUCUUUUAGCCCCAAGGUUGCCAAAAGGUGACACACUAAGGCACGUUUCACAAACAAAUCGUAACGAAAGUAAACGAAACGGCCCUACUCGGUGGAAAUUGAAUGAAUCUUUUUUUAAUGACAAGACCUUAGAGAAGUGGUCGCGCUUAAUGGGAACCAAAUGACGACAAACACAUAUUUUAUGACUUAUGUGUACUUAUGACAAAAAGCUCCGGAGCUUGCUGGAGAGACCUCCGUUUUGAUGACAUCGGGAGUCCAAAUGUUGGGCGUCUCAGGUAGCGCUCCAUUAGAAUGAGUAAAACGCGCUCGGGUUGCGCAGGAUGGGAUGGCAGAGGUGAUGGAACACAAUUGUUGGGAGAAGCCUCCUUUCCUGCCAUUGUCUUCUUUUAGAACACAAUCCUCACCCUCUUCUGGAGAUCUGAUUCAUAUUCGUCUUAAUUUCAGCGACAGGAAGCAAAAGACAUGAAUAAUGUUUCGCCUUGUUUGAGUGACGAGAAAAAAAAAAGCUCUUUUGAGUGCUUUCAGAUCCAGUUUGUAUUUAUGUGGUAUUUCUUUGUAUUUUCGGGACUUCCUGUCACAACUGAGAGGAAACUACAAUGGACUGUAUUACAAUUAAAAAAGCAUUUUAUACUGUA